AUGUGGGGAUACCAUCUGUUCUUAAAGAGAGAUGAUCCUGAGGUGUCGCACUACAUCAAGAAUGACCGUCGUCCUGCACUGCAUUUUGGCGACAAAAUUUUUAAAGUCCACAGAGAGAUUCUUGCCACUCGAUCUCCAGUAUUUAGAGCCCAGCUUUUUGGUCCUAUUGGCAACCGCGACAUAGAGAAACUCGUCGUGGAGGACGUUGAUCCUUAUAUUUUCGAGGCAAUGUUGGAAUUCAUCUACAGCAACAAGUUUCCCGACGUUAGUGAAAUUGCGGGUCUAAUCUCUCCUUUUGCAUAUGCCGAUGUAGUGCUGCAUCUAGUGGCCGCUACCGACUGCUAUAGUCUCGAUCGAUCGAGACUACUCUGCAAAUUAAAGUUGGGUGAUCAGAUCAUGGCCAAUGUGCUGGCAACAAUAGUGGCGCUGGCUAAUCUUAAGUGA